AUGUCUACCCUUCAAAUUCAAAAGUGCCUUAAGGAUGUUCUAGCACUAGAUCAAGAAAACAAUUCAUACUUGGAUUGGAAUCAAGGCAAUCUUAAAAGACUAUUUCAUGCCACUUCUGUAUUGUAUCAGACCUCGAUUAAUAAGGUCCCUUUAAGAAAUGAUGAGGAGACAGUUAGAGGCCACAUUUGUGCAUUAUUAGCUUGUGAAAAGCUACGUGAAAAACAACAAUCAAUCAGGUACAACCUAUCAAAAGAAAAUGAGAAUAAUAAUGUUGAAGUCAUUCAAUAUUAUUUAGAUAGAAUACCGUUAGAGCCUAAAAAGAUUAACCGCCUCAUUAGUGUCUUUAAACAAAAUAUAUCCCAAUGUUCGCCAGUGAAACAAAUUCAGUGGUCUCCAAGUCCCAAGAAGUCAGCAUCAAGAAGUCAGCUAAAUAGUCCAUUAAAUUCUCCCAUAAAAGCCAGUUCCAUAGAUAAAGGCAAUAAUGGAUUUACAACACAUGAUCCAAAAUCACUUCGAAAAAUGCUAUUUGAAGAUACACCUAAAAACUUACAAUGUGAUCAAGUAUCUUCUGUAAAUAUAACUGUAAUAACACCUAAUAAAAAUAUAUCCCCAUUAUCGAGUCCAAGAAGAAGAUUAAAGUUCGAAAUGGUGGAUGAAGAAGAUGCUGAAAAUGAUAAUAGCAAUGACAAGAAUGAAACUACAAGUGACAGUAAUGAACAUACGAUAGGAAAUAAUGAAGAUGAGAUACAACAAGAUGUAAAUAUUUUAGAUACAAAGACAAACGAUCAAGAUGCACAAACGGACGAUCCUUUAUUUAUAGAUAAAACGUUUGAAGCUAAUAGUGAUAAAGAUAAUAAACUUUCAAAGAAUAAAGUUACAAAAAAGCCAGUUAUAAAAAAAAAUCCAGAAAGAACCAUAACACAAAAUCUUUUAUUUAAGAGAUAUGUGAAAGUUGUUCCAUCAGAUGUAAUUAGUCUAUGCAACCAUUUUGAAUUACCGCAGUCUGUUUCGUUUACAAUUCUGGAUUUUUACAUGAUUAACCAAUCAUAUUUAAUCUAUCAGUGGCAAUUGGUCUGUGGUUUAGUAUUACAUUGCACAUUUAUUGUAUUUAAUGAAAAGAGACGUAAAGAUCCUCGUAUUAACCAUAUAUUACUGGAAAAGAUGAUGGAUUAUAUGCGUUGUGAUUCAGUCAAUGAUAUCCGUGAAUGUUUUAACAUAGUUUAUGAACUUAUUGUUGGUGAACAAUGGUAUAGAGAUUUGGAGAUAAAAUAUAAUUAUUUUGAAGGCUUAAAGUAUGAAGAAUCGAUUAAAAUCAAAUUGGGUUCGAUGUUACAGGAUAAUAAGACUUUGUUUAAUGAUGAUCAAUAUGAAAACUGGAAACAGAAUAUCUUAUUUGAUUUAUCCUUAAAGGAGCGUUAA